UUAUAAUGGUUUCGGAGGUCGUCCCCGAAACCUAAAGCUGCCGCUGCUGUGAGUUUUUGAUCUUUUCCAGUACAGCCAAGGCCUGCAUCAGUGCUCGAGGAGGUCACCACGCUGCGUUCUCCGUAGGAGUCGCCAGCCACCAUGAAGUUCUCGCCCCGUGUGAGCAGCUCUAGGCGCAAGUCCCGAAAGGCACAUUUCAGUGCCCCUUCCAGCGAACGCCGCAUUCUUAUGAGUGCUGCCCUCUCAUCAGACCUCAAGAACAAGUACAAUGCGCGCUCUGUUCCUGUAAGGAAAGAUGAUGAAGUCAUGGUUGUGCGUGGCACAUACAAGGGCCGAGAAGGGAAGGUCGUCCAAGUUUACCGGCGCAAGUGGGUGAUUCAUGUGGAGCGCAUUACUCGUGAGAAGGUCAAUGGCGCAACUGUGAAUGUCGGCAUUGAUGCAUCGAAUGUAGUGAUUACGAAGCUCAAGCUAGACAAGGACCGCAAGGCUCUUCUUGAGAGGAAAGGCAAGGGUCGUGCUGGUGACAAGGGCAAGGGCAAGUUCACUGAUGCGGAUGUGUCUCCUCCUCUUCAGGAAGUUGAUUAGCUUAUAAAACUCUCCAAAUGAGUACAUUGUUUCAUAAGCAUGAAUUGCUUAAUAGCUUUUUAAUCAUGUAAAGCUCUGUCUAUUGUCAGUAUUGCAUUCAUCCUUCCAUCACGAAGGAAAUUAUUGCAAGGUUAUUGAAGUUUGAAAUUUGUUUGAGUUGA